CCAUGCGAGAUAUGAGAGAGACAAAGGACGACAAUGCUCGGAAAGGAGAGUAGUAAACCGAACGGUACUGUCGAUAUACACUCGCAAAUAAGUGUUAUUAAAGUAAUUUGACCUUACAAGUUGCCGGAUAACUCGGUUAUUUUACUAGAGUAACCUUUGUGAAUCAAAGAUGCCUGCUGCGAAUAACGAUACGAGGGGAACCAUCCAAAUUGUAACCUGGUCUUGAGAUAUCGGUAACCCUGAACGCAAACAAUUCUGCAACGAUAAAAUAGCAUAAUCAACGGUGCAACGGAGAAAAUGUCGUGCUCGAGUGAUCUUUCACGAUCGCAGGAAUAUCUCAGCUUCCGUAGCUCUAUACCGCUCAGAAAAAUUAUCGUCGACGCCGAUGGCACCAAGGGUUGGAAAGUAUACGAUUCUAGUCCAAAAACUAUCAAGUGCCCACUCGUAUGUCUUCCACCAGUCAGUGGAACUGCCGAUGUUUUUUUUAAACAAGUCUUGGGUUUAGCAGCCAAAGGAUACAGAAUUAUAUCGGCCGAACCACCGGUGUACUGGAAUAUCAAGGAAUGGUGCGAAGGAUUUAAAAAAUUGUUAGACUACAUGGAGCUAGAUAAGGUGCACCUUUUUGGCGCCUCAUUAGGUGGCUUUCUGGCCCAAAAGUUCACCGAGUUGAACGCUCAUUGUCCCAGAGUAGUAUCGUUGGUACUGUGUAAUACGUUCACAGAUACGUCGGUGUUCAGUUACAACGACUCCGCAGCAGUCUUUUGGAUUUUACCAUCGUUGGUAUUGAAAAAGAUGGUAAUGGGAAACUUCGUAACCGACAAGGUCGACGGAGAGAUAGUAGAAGCCAUUGAUUUUAUGGUAGAGAGAUUGGAGAGCUUGACACAACCGGAAUUGGCAUCUCGAUUAACCAUGAAUUGCGUCAAUUGCUAUGUACAGCCGCAAAAGAUAUGCCAUUUGCCCAUCACGAUUAUAGACGUUUUUGACGAGUACGCGUUAUCGAAUGCGGUGAGAGAGGAAGUGUACAAGUGUUACCCAAAUGCUAAAUUGGCUCACUUAAAAAGCGGUGGAAAUUUUCCAUAUUUAAGUCGAGCGGCAGAAGUAAAUUUACAUUUGCAGAUACACUUGAGGCAGUUUGAAGGUACCGAGUAUGCUGCUUCAAAAGGAAAGAAGUCAUAGCGUUACUUAUAAGUUGUCAUAUCGACAUGCAUUAUAUAUAUAUGUAUGUGUGUGAUCCCCUUUUUAUUCCCCAGUCAUCGACUAACCUAAUUUACGCGUUAUGGAUAAUGCACGUCCACUAACGCGUACGAUUAUAAUAGUAAUUUUUAAACGUUUUUCAAAUAUAUUCGCCAUAUCAAAUAUGCCUAAAUAUCCUACGUAUAUAGAUACUAGUAUUACGAAACGUUUACUCUAUUUUUAUCAUGAUGUUUGGGAAUGCAUCUUGUUAUAUUUUCUUAGGCGAAUAUUUACCGGUUCCAAGUCCCUUCGUUUCAAAUUUGAAUUUGAAAUACUGAAAACAUCGUGCAUCGUUCGUAAUGGAACGAUAACAUGUAGGACAUAAUUUUUAUGAAGGAAAGAAAACUGGAAAAAGUGUUCAUCAUAGAUAACGAACUCAAUUAUAUAUAAUUAAGUAUAAAGUAGAUAAGGAAAAGAAAAAAAAAAAAG